AAUGUUUACUUGCCCUGGGACGCACAGAAAUGACGCCGAGACGUUAUCUGGCUCGUAAAUAGUACGUCAUGGCAAUUUGAAACCACCAGCAUGCACUUCAUUAACGUCGGGCAGUAGGCCUACGUCUUUAAUCUGCAAUAUUUAAGGUCAGAUGUUUCUUUUGUUUGCUAUAUUUAGCUUCACUGGCUGUGACCGUGUCACUAGCUGACAAUUGAGGCACCCUACGACAUUCACUUCUCUGAAAGUCAAAAUGGCUCUCGCAGUUGCACAAACCAGGUCAGUCUUAUUUAUCAAACGCAAAUAUCUGCAUGCUUUGAGGAAAACCUGCCUGUGGUUUUCAACGAAUGACACGAUUCUAGCUGAUCAGAGGAAACCACCACCGAAAACACAUUUGAGAAAAAGUCAAAAGAAGACUACUUUGACUGAUCUGUCCUGGGAGGAAAGGCUGUCUGAUGUGGUCACCCCUCUAUGGAGGCUGAGUUAUGAUGAGCAACUUGAGCUCAAGCUAAAGCACCAGGAAAGGAUCAUGUCUCAGCUGUCUGGGUAUCUUUCAGGUGAACUACAAUCACAGUCCUCAUUACCUGUCAGAACCAAACUCAGUUUCCCUGUCUUGCCUGUUCUGCCAUCACCAGUUAGGGAUGGCUACCGCAACAAGUCUACCUUUUCUGUUAACCGAGGAGUGGAUGGAAAUCCAAAGACGGUUGGAUUCUACGUGGGCACAGGGAAGAAGGGAAACAUUGUCUGCGUCAAUGGAGACCACCUUCUCAACAUGCCAGAGAAGCACACAAGGGUGGCCAGAUGUUAUCAGGACUUUAUCCGCCUCUCUUCUCUCGAGCCCUGCCUGCUGUUCUACACUGGGGGUCACUGGAGAGAGGUCACAGUGAGGACCAAUGCAGAGGGCCACACCAUGGCUAUAGUGUACUUUCAUCCACAGACGCUGACCCCAGAAGAGGUGGUGGUCCAUAAGGCUGAGCUGCUGGAUUACUUCACACGAGGGCCGGGAUCAGUCUGCCAGCUGCACUCACUGUUUUUCCAGGAGAGCGCCAUGACUCGCUGUACUCAUGAGCAAUCACCCUACCAGCUCCUGCAUGGUCAGCCACACAUAUACGAGGAGCAGCUGGGAUUCAAAUUCCGCAUAUCUGCCGAUGCCUUUUUCCAGGUGAACCAGGCAGCAGCUGAGGUGCUGUAUAGCACAGUGAGACAACUGUGUAUCCCAAACCCAGAGGAAGGUGGGGAAAGGACACAAUUUGGUGGUACUCUUCUGGAUGUGUGCUGUGGGACAGGUGCCAUCGGCAUUAUUACAUCUCCCAGAGUGGACAGAAUUAUUGGUAUAGAGCUCAUAGAACAGGCAGUGGAAGAUGCUCGACACAACGCAGCUCUCAAUAAUGUACUGAACUGUGAGUUUAUCCCUGGGAAGGCUGAGGUGGUGCUUCCUGGAGUUAUGUCACAGUUGAGUUCUGCAGGUGGAGGGCCUGUGGCUGCUGUGGUGAAUCCUGCGCGAGCUGGCCUCCACUACCGAGUGGUCCGAGCUUUACGAAACCAACCUAAUAUCCGCAGGCUGGUCUAUGUGUCCUGCAAACCGGAUGGGGAUGCUAUGAGGAACUUCAGGGAGCUUUGUUGUGCUCCUGACCCGAUGAAGAAACUCACAGGAGAGGCAUUUUCUCCAACUCUGGCUGUGCCUGUAGACAUGUUUCCACACACUCCUCAUUGUGAACUGGUGCUACUAUUUGAGAGGUAGCAGAUGAUUUAGUUCAGAGUUGAGCUUUAAACAACACUAAUUUCUUUGUAACUCUAAUGUGGCAUCAAAUAAUAAUUCACUGUAUGCUAAAUAUAAUGGCUUAUCUUUACCCACA